AUGUUUGCCUUGACGUGGAUUUUUCUGUUGAUCCACUUGUCAUCGUUCGUGCAUGGCCUCGCCAUCUCUUCGGCUACUGAUCAACGACCCAGAGCAGCCUUCGUCUCCCUUGCCCACGAGAACGAUCUGCCUGCCGUCUUGUCGUCCAUCUCGCAGCUUGAAGAGACAUUCAACCAUCGAUACCGCUAUCACUGGGUCUUCUUCAGCACUCAGCCCCUCAGCGAAGAGUUCAGACAGCAGACGUCGAACGCGACCGGUGCCGUUUGCCUUUACGAAGUCAUCUCUGAAGACAACCUGGUCUCGCCGAGGCAGUCUUUUGCCUUCAACGCGCUGCCUCUGGAACGCCAGAUCGGCGGUGAAGCCGUCUCCGUCGACGGCCACUCGACACCCUUUCUUGGCCAAAUCUCUCGCUGGAACUCGGGGCCGUUUGCCCGUGAGAAACGGCUAAGAGACUAUGACUGGGUCUGGAGAAUUGAGCCUGGAGCGCAAUUCACUCACGACAUCACAUUCGACGUCUUCCGCUUUAUGCGAGACCACGAGAUCGCCUACGGCUUUAACGAGGCCUUGCUUGACAAGGACGAGAUACGGACUCAUUCACAGCCGGUGAGGUCCUUUAUCGACAAGCAUCCCGAUUUGUUGCACGCAGAUGCGGACUUGUCGUGGCUACUGGACAGCAACGAUGCGCCGCUUGGAGCGACGAGCCAGGGCAACUGGUCUCGAGGCCCCGACAGCAAGGACGGCGGGUGGACAGAAGAGGAUGAUAUGCCGCCGACGUUCGACAUUGGAGCUCUAUCCUUCUUCCGAAGCCAGGGCCACCAGGAUCUCGUCAACCACCUGGAUGCCGCUGGCGACUUUUCAAGUCAACCGCUGCGCGACAUGGCCGUGCCAACCAUCAGCGCCAGCAUGUUUCUUCCCCAGAAGAGCGUGUGGAAUUAUCGCAAACGAGAAUUUCGACACCUGCACCGGCCGAGCCCCCCCGCUCACACGCAGAAACCGAAGCUGAAGACGUUCGACUUCAACGCAGGCUUCAAUCUCAAAGCAAGGAACCGGCAAGAGAGGAACCCUGGCGAGAGCAUGGCCGAGCGCUUUGCGCUUUGGAACUUAAUGGCUCAAGACCUCAGCAGACAGGAUGCUAUCCCCGGCUUGCAGUCUGGGCACACUGUGAUUGACGAGAGGAACUUUUCGAUGAGUCAAAGGGCUUUGACAUAA